CCAUCUAUCCUUUCACCUUGUCUAUGCCGCUACAUAACAGGUGAUUAUGGUGGUCUGAAUUGCGUCUUUUGCAGCGAUUCUCUACUAAAAAUAAUUGAUAUUGUGAGACAUAAACACGCGAAGAACUUGCAGGCAUGGCGGCGGUUGCAGCUGCGAAGGUUCACGAGGUCCGUGAGAUCACUAAGAUAGAACGGAUCGGUGCCCACUCUCACAUCAGAGGUUUAGGCUUGGACGAUAGCCUAGAACCACGCCAUGUGUCUCAGGGUAUGGUCGGUCAGUUGAUGGCACGCCGGGCAGCCGGCGUUGUCCUGGAAAUGAUCAAAGAUGGAAAAAUAGCUGGUCGUGCUAUAUUGCUAGCCGGCCAGCCAGGCACCGGCAAAACUGCUAUUGCCAUGGCGAUGGCUCAAGCCUUCGGCAUGGACACACCCUUUACUUCUAUGGCAGGCUCUGAAAUUUAUUCCUUGGAAAUGAGCAAAACCGAAGCUCUGACGCAAGCUAUUAGAAAAUCUAUCGGGGUCCGGAUCAAGGAGGAAACGGAGAUCAUAGAAGGAGAAGUGGUUGAGAUCCAGGUGGACAGACCUGCUACCGGAGUCGGCGCUAAAGUCGGUAAAUUAACACUGAAAACGACAGAGAUGGAGACAAUCUACGACCUGGGGAAUAAAAUGAUCGAUAGCUUGAUGAAGGAGAAAGUGCAAGCUGGCGAUGUGAUCACGAUCGACAAAGCGACGGGGAAGAUCAACAGGCUGGGUAGAUCGUUCACGAGAGCACGGGACUACGACGCGACCGGCUCGCAAACCCGAUUCGUUCAAUGUCCCGAGGGCGAACUGCAGAAACGCAAAGAGGUGGUGCACACGGUCUCGUUGCACGAGGUCGACGUGAUAAAUAGCAGAACGCACGGGUUCUUGGCAUUGUUUUCCGGAGACACCGGAGAGAUCAAGUCGGAGGUGCGCGAUCAAAUCAACGGCAAGGUCGUCGAAUGGCGGGAGGAGGGAAAAGCGGAAAUCGUCCCGGGUGUUCUCUUCAUCGACGAAGUCCACAUGCUGGACAUCGAGUGCUUUUCGUUCCUGAACAGAGCGCUCGAGAACGAAAUGGCUCCAGUGGUCAUCAUGGCCACAAACAGAGGCAUCACAAGGAUCAGAGGAACAGACUACAAAAGCCCCCACGGUAUUCCCAUCGAUCUCCUGGACCGCAUGAUCAUCGUCCCAACAAGUCCCUAUCAGGAGAAAGAGCUGAAGGAGAUCUUGAAGAUCAGGUGCGAGGAGGAGGACUGCGAGAUGGCCGACGAUGCCUUGACGGUGUUGACGAGGAUCGCGCUGGAAACGUCGCUCAGAUACGCGAUUCAAUUGAUAACCACAGCUUCCAUCGUUAGCCGACGAAGGAAGAGCAGCGAGGUGAACAUCGAGGACGUGAAGCGCGUUUACUCGUUGUUCCUCGACGAAAAUAGAUCUGAACAGUUUCUCAAAGAAUACCAAGACGACUUCCUGUUUAACGAAAUAUCGGAGGAGGCCAUGGAGAUAGCUUAACGAUAGAUAGGUUCAUGCGAAUUUCAGUUACUGCGACUUCGAGAACGAUGCUAUAUAUUUCGAAUUAAAUACAAUGAAAACUUAACAGAAUCUCGUCCGCAUCCCGACGACUACGGCUUGCUAAUUUACGAUCUACAAACGCUUAUCGAUUAGUCGUGCUCGCGCGAUUAGUCGGCAUUGAUCGGAUAACAGAGAGAUAUAAUAUGUAAAUCAGUUUUUGGUGUAAAAAGUUGCCGGUAACAAACGCGACUUUCAUAUCAAAAAUUCAA